AUGUCCCCCCCUCGUCGCCGGUACCGCUCCCGCACCCGCGCCCCGCAGCGGAGCGCGCAUCCCGGCCGGGAGAGGGAUGCGCGGCAGCGGCGCGUCCCCGAUUUCGAUGGGGUCCCUCCGCCACUCCCUCCGGGCUCCUCUUUUCGUUACCGCCCGCUCCCCCCGCAAACUUUCAACGAGCACCGCUCCCCCCGGGGUGUCCGCACGGCGGGAGGGGGGCGCGGGGGGGCCCCGGGGGCGCGGAGCGGCGCGGAGCCCCACGCAGCUGUCACCGGAUCAAUGUGCAGCGUCUCCAAGUACGGAUCCGGAUCCUCCCUCGGGGCGUUUUGGGGGGGAAUGGAGGCGAUCGCCAGUCAGAUGGGAAAUGGGAGAGAUGCAAGCUCCUCCCCAAAUUCAAAGCAAGAGCUGCAGCCGUACCAAGGCUCCAAUACCCUCAAGCCCAACCAAGUGGGUGAGACCUCCCUGUACGGCGUGCCCAUCGUGUCCCUGGUCAUCGACGGGCAGGAGCGGCUCUGCCUGGCGCAGAUCUCCAACACGCUGCUCAAGAACUACAGCUACAAUGAGAUCCACAACCGGCGGGUGGCCCUGGGCAUCACCUGCGUGCAGUGCACGCCGGUGCAGCUGGAGAUCCUGCGGCGGGCCGGGGCCAUGCCCAUCUCCUCCCGCCGCUGCGGCAUGAUCACCAAGCGGGAGGCGGAGCGGCUCUGCAAGUCCUUCCUGGGCGAGCACAAGCCGCCCAAGCUGCCCGAGAACUUCGCCUUCGACGUGGUGCACGAGUGCGCCUGGGGCUCCCGGGGCAGCUUCAUCCCGGCCCGCUACAACAGCUCCCGCGCCAAGUGCAUCAAGUGCAGCUACUGCAGCAUGUACUUCUCCCCCAACAAGUUCAUCUUCCACUCCCACCGCACCCCGGACUCCAAGUACACCCAGCCCGACGCCGCCAACUUCAACUCCUGGCGCCGCCACCUCAAGCUCAGCGACAAGACGGCCACGGAGGAGCUGUCGCACGCCUGGGAGGAUGUCAAGGCCAUGUUCAACGGCGGCACCCGCAAGCGGACCUUCUCCCUGCAAGGGGCGGCCGCCGGCGGGCCCGGGGCCGGCUCCCCCGCCGCCAAGGCGGCCCUGCACCCGCCGCCGCCCGCGGGCCCCGAGCUGGCGGCCGCCACCGCCGUGGUGGUGGCGGCGGCGGCAGCGGCGGCGGCGGCGGCGGCCGAGCCGGCGGGGCUGGCGGGGCGGCACGGGGAGCUGGAGGGCUCCGAGCCCUCGGGCAGCGGCAGGAGCAGCGCGACCCCCCAGGAGGGCGCGGGGGGGGAGGGCGAGCGCUGCCCCAGCGCCCUGUCGCGGGCGGCGGGCGAGGAGGAGCGCUCCGGGGACGAGGCGCUGCUCGCCCCGCUGCCGCUGCCCAGGAAGGGCAGUUACCUGUCCGCCUUCCGCCCGGUGGUGAAGGACGCCGAGAGCAUCGCCAAGCUCUACGGCACCCGCGAGGCGUUCGGCGGCGCGGGGCCCCGCGGCCCCGGCUACCUCUCCCCGGACUUCCUCAGCGAGGGCAGCUCCAGCUACCGCUCGCUGUCCCCCGGGGGGGACACGGCCGAGGAGCCCGAGGUGGACGUAGAGUCCAACCGCUUCCCGGAGGACGAGGAGGAGGAAUCCGCCGCCGUCCCCGCCGCCGCCGUCCCCUCCGAGGGCCGGGAACCGCCGCGGCUGCUGGCGGGGCCCGAGGAGCCGCCGCCCGCCGGGGCCGACGGGCCCGAGGAGAAGACGGGCGAGGUGCCCACGGAGGGCGGCCCGGCCCCCGACGGCAGCCCCGAGCGGAGCAGCAGCAGCGGCGGCGCCUACGAGGUGUUCGCGCCGGAGAGGGGGGAGCCCCUGCAGCCACUGAAACCCGCCGCGUCCCUGGGAGCCCCCGCCGCCUUCCUCUGCACCCCCGAGGCCAAGGAGCAAGAUAAAGAAGACAAUCACUCCGCGGCAGAGGAUUUAGAGACCAGAAAAUCCUAUCAGGACCAAAGGAAUGUCUCUCAUCCCAGCCCUGUAAAUACCGACAGAGGAGAGGAAGGCCUUGCCAUGGAUGUCACCGGGACGCAGCUGGUGGAGAAGGACAUCGAAAACUUGGCCCGAGAUGAGUUACAAAAACUGGUCCUGGAGCAAAUGGAGCUGAGGAAAAAGCUGGAGAGGGACUUCCAGAGCUUGAAAGAUAACUUCCAGGACCAGAUGAAGCGGGAACUGGCGUACCGGGAAGAGAUGGUGCAGCAGCUGCAGAUCGUCCGAGACACGCUGUGCAACGAGCUGGACCAGGAGAGGAAAGCGCGCUACGCCAUCCAGCAGAAGUUGAAAGAGGCUCACGACGCGCUGCAUCACUUCUCCUGCAAAAUGCUGACCCCGCGGCACUGCACGGGGAACUGCUCCUUCAAGCCGCCGCUGCUGCCCCAGUGAGCCCCCCCCCGGCGCCCCCCCCCCCCGAAGCCAUGCGGGCACAGCCCACACAAGCCAUUUCCACGAGGAGACACUUGUACAUAGAGGACUCGGAGCCCGGCUUUCCUCGGACUGGCAAUACGGCGGGGGGCGGCCCCGGGCCGGCCGGGGGGGAGCCGGGCCCUUCCCGGGCCUCCCCCUCCCCGCUCCGCCUCCCCCCUCCCUCCCUGUGUGUCCGCUUCUUCCACCCUCGCCCAGACUGGAAACAAAAGUGGCUAUGUGCAAUGGAUAUAAAUGUACUGUGAUUCUCUUGGUACAGUAUUUGUCGGAUUUUUAUUUAUUUAUGAUGUAUAUUUAUCCCCCCCCCCCCCUCCCCGCCCCGGGCCCCCUCCUUUAUCCCCCUUCCAUGUAAAUUCUGGAUGUAACGGCACUUUAACGGGCGGACCCGCGACUCCGGAGGCAGAACAUCGCUCGCCCGCUCUGGGGACAGACCCCCCCUCUGUACGUGAUUUUGGUUCUUUAAU